CGAGCGGCCCAAGGGUCUCUCAGGAUGGUCUCCAGCAGGCUGGUCAAACUGGUGGUGUUCGAACUCCUCGAGCUGGCCGCCUUCUCCGUCCCGACAUUGGUGGUGAUGGAGCAGUUUGCCGCGGCCCUCCAGGGGACCAGGAACAAGAACGAGAAGCCAGUGUAUUGGCUGGGGGUGUCCUGUUCCAUCGCCUACGUAGCCUUGGUCGUCUUGGUGGUCUGGGUGCCGGUAAAAGUCCUGCUGUAUCGGAAACACCAUCUGCAGGCCAAGAUCAGAGGGUGGAGUCCGGUGAUGCUGAUGUGUGUAGUUCUCUCCACGCUUCCAUGUUUCGCAUUUUCUAUAGCGGUGACGGAGGUCCAAAAGAGUGUCAGCAGCAGUUCAACUUCUACCCUGCCUGAAACAUUGCCAGAUUUUCAAGUCUCUCUGGUUCUGACCUCCUUAAUCAUUGUUGAUAUAAUCGAAAAACUCAGGAAGUAUCCUCUCAGAGGAAGACCAGUUCAGGUACGAUACUCUAAAGUUUAUCUUGGAUUCAGGCCUGAGAACAUAGACCCUAAAGGUCAGUCCCUGGGGCCUGCAGUGACUGAGUCUCUGGAUGAUUUUAAUUAUUCAGACCGCAGGCUUCUUACAGGUGAAGACGACCCGCAGCCCCAGCAGCAAAUAAGGAGCGUCUCCGAGCAGGUGGCAUCCAAGGGAUCCACACCGACUCCCUUCCGGUCCCAGGUGAUCAAUGUGGAGGAGCCCCCGUCCAACUCUCGGGUCAUGAGGGUAAUGUCCCGCCAAGACGAGAGGGCUCAGAUCUUCUUGAUGAGCUUCGUGACGUGGUCUGACACCAUAGAGAUGGUGCGGGUGGCUGGCCAUCCUGCCGUCUUCGGCUCUGCCUGGGUGUUCCCCGUCUACAUAUUUAGCUGCGUGUCCCUGAUCCGGAUCAUCCUGCUUCCCAACGUCCCAGUCCUGGGCGCCGUGGGCGUUGUCCUGCAGGAUUUCCCCUUCAUCUUUGUUCGACUCGGCCUGAUCGCCGCCCUGGGCACCAUCACGCCCGUCCUCGGACUUUUCAAAAAUAUCUUAGUGACCGGCUCUUUUAUCUACUUCAACUACUUCAUCAACCUGCGGUUUUUCUCUGUCACGGAGACCUUGCCCUUUUAG